AUGAACACAUCUUACGCUACAAGACUGAGGUCCAGGAAUAUCUAUUCAUGGGUUGGAAGGCCAUCGCUGGAUCAAAAACUAAGGAACCAAAUCUAUCAAGAAAUGAGUGUGAAAAUAGAAGGUUCAACCAAGAUUCACAUUCAAGUUGGACAGUUUGUGCUUAUUGAAGGGGAUGAUGCAGAAAAGCCAUAUGUUGCUAAAUUGAAGGAAUUGUUUGAAGAUGCUUCUGAACUUUAUUUCAAGAAGCGUGCUCGAGUACAAUGGUUUGUCCGAUUCUGUGAGAUCCCUUUGGGUAAGCAGCAUUUGUUGGGCCGGAAGCCUGAUGCGCAAGAGCUGUUCUGGUAUGAUUACCCCAGCUGUAACAACAACAUUAGUGCUGAAACCAUCAUCGGCCCUGUUCAGGUUAUAGCUUUAGCCCCAGAUGAAAAGAUACCCAAGGAUCUGAAAAAUGAGGAGACAUUCUUUGUGAAACUGUCUUGGAAUGAGAAGAAUUUUCGACCACUAUCCCCAGAAGUAUUUGCUGAGUGGAGUAAACUACACGAAGACAGCCCGAGAUACCAGAUGCACAGAAGAGGCAAAUCUAAAGGCACGGAGAGCCCCUGGACCACAGCAGAGCAUGGGGCCGUAAGGAUUGAGUCAAGGCAUUCCACCUCCAAAUCGCGUCAAACUCCUACCCAUCCUGUCACCCCACAGGCAAGGAAGAAGCUGGAGCUUGGCAGUUUGCACCAGAUACCCAACAGUAGGAAUUCCAAACAGACUUCAUGGACCUCAUUGGAUUCUCCUGGGAGAAGAAAACGGAGUGUUGCCCUCUCUGAGGUUACCUCUCCUUCCAAGAGGUCAUAUUAUGAUGGACUUCUGACCUUGUCUCCACGUCUGAAAACCCCGGAGAAAACUAGAGCUAUUUCGCAGUCAUGUACAAAGGAUGAGAAGGAGGGCAGAUCUGAAUGCUGUAUAACUUUGAGAACUCGAGUUCCAGCUUUGAAAACUACAGAAACACCUGACAAAAUAACGCUUUGCCCUAUAAUAAGGUAUUGGAUACCCUCCUUGGUGAUUCUGAAACCAGAAAGUAUGAAGAGGAAGGCAGAAGAACCAGAAGCUCGGGAUGAAUGUACUCCCCGUCGGACAAACAGAAAGAGUUCGCUCUUGACCUUGAAGCGGAUUAGACAACAGCUUCGAUUUUUAGGAAAACCUGAAUGUGACAAAGAGAGUAAUGCAAGUGACGAAGAGGAGGAAGAAUUCCUGCCAGCAGCAGAGAAUUCAGACUAUGAAACCGAGGAGGAAGAGGUUCCUACACCACCCGUUGCUAGAAGAACACCCAGACAUUCUUCCUUACAGACCCCAUCCAAGACACCAAAAAAAACUGCGAAGCCUAGAGCAGCACGUGAUGCCACACCACAGAUUCGCAGCCGUAGCCUGGCUGCCCAGGAACCAAGCAGCAUGCUGGAAAAGGCCAGGCUGAGGCUGCAUGUUUCUGCUGUACCUGAGUCUCUUCCCUGUCGGGAACAAGAAUUUCAAGACAUCUACAAUUUUGUGGAAAGCAAGCUCCUUGACCAUACUGGGGGGUGCAUGUAUAUCUCUGGGGUCCCUGGGACCGGGAAAACUGCCACUGUGCAUGAGGUGAUGCGCUGUCUGCAGCAGGCAGCCCAAACAAAUGAUGUCCCUCCCUUUCAAUACAUCGAGGUGAAUGGCAUGAAGCUGACAGAGCCCCACCAAGUGUACGUGCAAAUCUUCCAGAAACUGACAGGCCAAAAAGUGACAGCUAACCAUGCCGCGGAACUGCUGGCAAAGAGAUUCAGCUCCCGAAGUUCUUCCCAGGAAACCACCGUGCUGCUCGUGGAUGAGCUUGACCUUCUCUGGACUCAGAAACAAGAUGUACUGUACAAUCUCUUCGAUUGGCCUUCUCACAAGGGUGCCAGGCUUGUGGUCUUGACCAUUGCCAAUACCAUGGACCUGCCAGAGCGUAUCAUGAUGAACCGGGUAUCGAGUCGACUGGGUCUCACCCGGAUGUCCUUCCAGCCCUAUACCCACAGCCAGUUGCAGCAGAUCCUGCUGUCGCGCCUCAAACAUUUAAAGGCCUUCGAGGACGAUGCUGUCCAGCUUGUAAGCAGGAAGGUAGCAGCCCUCUCUGGAGAUGCACGCCGCUGCCUGGACAUCUGUAGGCGGGCCACAGAGAUCUGUGAGUUCAGCCAGAAGCCCGGCUCCUCUGGCCUGGUCACUGUGGCCCACUUACUGGAAGCAGUGGAUGAGAUGUUUUUGUCAUCAUACAUCACUGCCAUCAAAAAUUCUUCCGUUCUGGAACAGAACUUCCUGAGGGCCAUCCUUGCAGAGUUCCGUCGGUCAGGAUUGGAGGAAGCAACAUUUCAACAGAUUUACAGUCAGCACGUUGCAUUGUGCCGGAUGGAGGGUCUACCCUAUCCGACCAUAUCAGAGACCAUGGCGGUGUGCACUAACCUGGGUGCCUGCCGCCUUCUCCUCAUGGAGUCCAGCAGGAACGACCUGCUCCUCCGGGUGCGGCUCAACGUCAGCCAGGAUGAUGUGUUGUACGCGCUGAAAGAAUGAGGUGUUUCAGAGCAGUGACUG